AUGCGUUCAACUUUCAAUACGUUUGUUCCUAAUUCGUACUCUCCAGGUGUCUAUUGUGUAACUCCAGUAGCUCGUAACCUUACGGCUAAUGCACCCAGUCAAUCUGAAUUGCCCUCCUCACAUUCAAGUACCUCUUGCAGGAACUCAUCCGUUCCUCAUGACUACCCAGUUAGAGAACAAGGUGCACGCAGUUCCUUGCCAUCGUCAUCUCUCUUUUCCUCCCAUAGAUUAUCUACUGAAGACAGUAGACGGAUAGAACAUGCAGUAAGCUCCAGGGUUACUCAUGAUGUUAAAACUAAUUCACUGUUAGAACGUUAUGGUGUAAGAAAGACCUCAGCUGUUGAAAGACACUCUCAGAGCUAUAUGAAACAGCACAGACAUCAGCAGUCGGACUCAUACGGUGGGUUUAGCGCUGUUAGACGAAAAUCAGAUACUACACCCAUUGAUACGGUGCUGAGUGGUGAUGGGCUUAACCUACCACGGACUCUUGAUCGAAAAGACUCCUUCAAACAACCCAAUAGUGGUGUUCAAGAUAUCACUCAUGCCGAGUACCUAAACCGCCUUCUUGCUGCACACAAUCGUGUCGAUAACCUUUUACGCUCUAGAGGAUUGAGUGCCGAAGAUGAGUCAAAGUAUUUGCGUGCAUGGGAAGGGAUCCCUAUAAUAAAAGAGAAAGUCUACCACAGAGUGCGAAAGCCAAGUAAUUCUAGUGAUUCGGGCUUAUCUACAGACAGCGACAGCGAUCGAAAUCACCCAGAAGGAGCAAAAAUAGAGGGGUUGGUUUGCGAGGAGUUCUCAAAGCCUAAGCUAAGUAUUACCUGCAUGAAACUGCUUCCAAUUCCUUGCUGUAGUAUGCAAUCGUCGUAUUCAUGUCAAGCUUCUGCCUCUAAGACCACGUCGAAAACCUUUAGCUUCGUUAAAAAGCCAUCGUUCAAGCGUAUUUCACAAAUUAUAUUUAUGCGGAUACCGGUCAAUGAAUCGGUGAGCCAUGUCUCUGCAUUACCUCUGUACGCGAAUGUUUCUGCUUCUUAUGUAUUGAAGCGCAAAGAAGAACUCUUAAUAACAAGAAAAGUUUUCCGUUCUUCUCGAAAGGGUGAAUGUGUGCAAGUUUCGAUCACAGAAGCGCAUUCUUUGAAGUCGCCAUCAUUCGUGAACCAGAAACGAAAGAUUAGGCCUCAAAUGCGACUCAAGCAGCCGCCUAAAAUGCAAGGAUCGAGAAGCCAAGAAAGGAAGCCAGUGGUUGUAACAGAACAGCAGAGGAUGGCGCUCAACAGUUUGCAGCCUAUGCCCAAGCACGCACUGCCAUUAACAGCCGAAAUCUCUAUUCAACAUUGCAGUUUCUACCAGGUAACACAUAAAGGCGUCAAAGCGUCAACAGAAAAAAAUGUGCGAAUAAAUUUGAGGUUAACAGAGCGCGCACCGAAUAAGUUGAAGACAACUAUAACGUUACCCACUGCAUUACGUUCCGUAUUUGUUCACUUAGAUGUACCUCUGAAGAAAAAAGUUCGCAAUGGCGCAAAUUCAUUACAAUUUGCUAAGGUUGGGCGUGCUGUGGGAAAACUUGACUGGUCAAUCACUACCGGCUUAGCAAAGGAUAUCAGACAACAGCGUAAAGUGAAUCGGCUUAGAAUUCCCGAUUGUCUACUGCAUUCAGAUAAGGAGAUCACCGAAGAAAUCAAAAAGGUCAGAAACCAAUUGAAAAGGGUAAAACCAGAUGCUCUGAACGGGUUCUUCGCUAUGCCGAAGCAACCAACCAAACUGAAGCUAUUGAACGCCAAUCAACAAAAGCGGAAUCCUGAAAAAAGCUCUGUAAUACCCCAAAUAAAGAAGAAUUGUGGCUUUCAUCUCAAUUUUCUGCCGGAAACUGCUCCAAAUCCGCUUCUUCAAAGCGCCGAACUACUGAGCUCUGUGGCGGAUGGAACUCAGUCAUAUUUAAGUCAAAAUGAAGCAAUUUAUACAUCUGAUAUUUUAAAUUUUUCUGGCUCCACCGAUGAUGCUGUUAAAACAACAUACUACGAAUCGAAAUUUCCGGAGUUGUCGUAUAUUGAUCGUCUUCUUAUAGAGCAUUUCAUACGGUCGAAGCAUAUUCCCAGACCAAAGGCUCUCAGACAAUGUGCUUCAUUAUAUACACAGCAGUUGAAAGCUUCAGCACGACAUUCAACACCUCCAAAAGUGGAAUUCAGGCGAAGUAGAACGCCAGUACGCCGACCAAAACAAGCUCAUCACCACUCAUCACCUCCAAUUCUAAGAAGGACGUUAUGCAGCAACAAACAACUUUUGAAAAAACAACAUCGACUGGACUGUCCACCACUUAAAAAGGUCGAUCGUUCCUUGCAAAAAUCGAAAGUGAAAAUAAGAAGUGCAAAACGAUGGAUACCGAGUUGGCGAAAGCACACAGAAGAGGAAGUAGCAGAAGAACAUGAGGACGACGAGGAAGAAGAAGUGGAGGAAGCCACCAAUAUUGAAAAGAACGACAGAAACAAAAUGAAAACCCACCUGGAUGCUGAUGACAGCAUGACCGAAGCGGAAAAAGCAAUGGCGGCCUCUAAAAGACGACAGUUUGAAGAACAGAAAAACAAGCUUCAGGAAUAUGAUGAACGAAGACGAAUCGAGAGAGAGAAGGAGGAAGAGGAAUUAAAAAAACUAAAAGAAAAACAAGAAAGACGUAGAUUAGAAAGAGAGCAGGAGGAACGUGAGCAAGCUGAACGCCGAAAACAGGAUGAAGAUCGUCGUCGCAAAGAGGAGGAAGAUCGAAAAGCAAAACAGGAAGAGGAAAAGCGAAGGAAGGAUGAAGAAAAAAUGAGAAGACAACAAAUGUCUGGCGCUGCUUUCACGGCAACUGCUGGACAAGGCGGACGCAACUUUGUAAUACCUAAGAAAACGGAAAAUCGCAAUGACAAGUUCGGUAAUAUUGUACAAGCAAAACAGGAAAUGGGAAUGACCAAGGAGCAACAAGAAGAAGCAAAGAGGUCAUUCCUUGCCUCCGUAGCAAGAGGCAUACCUCUUUCCUCUGAUUUGCAAUCAAGCGACCUUAAAGUGAAAAUCAAGGAACUGCACCAGCGUAUCUGCAAGCUGGAAGCUGAAAAAUACGACCUCGAGAAGCGCCAUGAACGACAAGAGUACGAUUUGAAGGAACUCAACGAACGCCAGCGUCAAGUAGCACGUAACAACGCAUUAAAGCAAGGAAUUGAUCCUGCGGAUGCCGCUGCGUCAAAAUAUCCACCAAAGGUUCAAAUCGUCUCAAAAUAUGAUCGACAGAUUGACCGUCGUAAUUUUAAUGAACGUCGUCGUGUCUACGAUAAUAAGAAUGCCUAUCCAUGUUUUCCCGGCGUUCCACCACCACCGGCACCUUUCGAGAAGGUGAUACUGAAAAUAGAAGCUGACCGAGACGACGAUGUGUGUUGA